CCGACAGGUUCUUCCGGGGUCACGACACCAGCUCACGGAGGUUCUUCAGUCUCAAGAUGGCAGCCUCGGCGGCGAGAGGUGCAGUGGCCCUGCGUUCGAGUGUUGGUCGUACGGUUGCUUUUGUCAGAAAAAUUCCUUGGACCGCGGCGUCGAGUGAGCUAAGAGAACACUUUUCUCAGUUUGGUCAUAUACGGAAGUGCACUGUACCUUUUGACAAAGAGACUGGCUUUCAUAAAGGUAUGGGUUGGAUUCACUUUUCAUCAGAAGAAGAACUUCAGAAUGCAAUGCAACAGGAAAAUCAUAUUAUUGAUGGAGUAAAGGUCUACAUUCAAGCUCAAAGACGAAAAAUGUUGCAAGGUGACCAAACAUCUGAUGAAGAGAAAGAUUUCUGAUUAUUUCCAAUUAAAUAAAUUUAACUGAGA